CCUCGUGAGUUUAGUCACGUGCCUGCCAAACGCUCGCGCAGCUGUCAACUGAGGAAGCAGCGAGAAGCAACAGUGGGAGUAAARACUAAGCUACUACUCUCAGUUUUUUGCGUCUAUUAUUGGGUGUAUGUUGUCACAUACGGCUACAUUGGGACUAAUGGAAAGAUGGCGGCCUCGACUCGCUUUUCAGUAGACCGCCAAUGAAAGAAAACAAUGUUUACCACUAGCUGUUGCUUGCUAACUUCUAAGCUAGCUCGCUAACAGUCAGCUGUUGUUAUGGUAUGGUCGGGGCGAUAGCUGGCUAUUAGCCCAAGUGUUCAGUUGUCAUAUUUGUCCAAAAUACCAGGAUUUAUCAGACUGCAAUUUCUACGGCCACUCUGGACGCAUGGAACUGGUCGGCCGGUGUUUAAUGGCGACUUAAAAAGCUGCAUCACCUUGACAGACUCGUCAGCUGUUGUCUGGCAAUUUAUCCAGCAGAAACAUUGUGUAAYAGAACUAGCAAAACUGCUUCAAGAUGCAUGACGCGUAUGAGCCAGUGAAUAUUUUAGAGAAGCUUCCUCUUCAGAUCGACUGUCUUGCGGCUUGGGAGGAUUGGCUGCUUGUUGGAACAAAACCAGGACAUCUUCUCCUGUACAGAAUCAAGAAGGAUGCAGCCACCAACCGGUUCGAGGUGACUUUGGAAAAGUCUAAUAAGAACUUCUCAAAGAAAAUUCAACAGCUAUACGUCGUUUCUCAGUAUAAAAUUCUCGUCAGUCUUUUGGAGAACAACAUCCACGUCCAUGACCUCCUGACCUUUCAGCAGAUCACUGUGGUGUCUAAAGCCAAAGGAGCCACGCUGUUUGCAUGUGACCUGCAGCAAAUGAGCUCCGGGGAGGAAAGCCUCCGAAUGUGUGUGGCGGUGAAAAGGAAACUCCAGCUGUAUUACUGGAAGGAUAGAGAGUUCCAUGAGCUGCAGGGCGACUUGGGUGUGCCAGAUGUUCCUAAGUCCAUGGCCUGGUGUGAAAACUCCAUCUGUGUCGGCUUCAAACGGGACUAUUACCUCAUUCGGCUGGAUGGCCGCGGCUCCAUCAAGGAGCUCUUCCCCACUGGGAAACAGUUGGAGCCUCUAGUUGCCCCGCUGGCUGAUGGGAAGGUGGCUGUUGGGCAGGACGACCUCACCGUGGUGCUUAACGAAGAAGGAGUUUGCACCCAGAAGUGCGCCCUGAACUGGACCGAUAUCCCCAUCGCCAUGGAGCACCAGCCUCCCUACAUCAUUGCGGUCCUCCCUCGGUACGUGGAGAUACGGACCUUAGAGCCACGGCUGCUGGUGCAGAAUGUGGAGCUGCAAAGGCCGCGCUUCAUCGCCUCGGCAGGGCCAAACAUCGUGUACGUUGCCAGCAACCACUUCGUCUGGCGCCUGGUGCCAGUGUCAAUCGCCAGCCAGAUCCAGCAACUUCUCCAGGACAAACAGUUCGAGCUCGCUCUUCAGCUGGCAAAAAUGAAGGACGAUUCAGACGGUGAAAAGAAGCAGCAGAUUCAUCACAUCCAGAAUCUUUACGCCUUCAACCUGUUUUGCCAGAAGAAGUUUGACGACUCCAUGCAGGUGUUUGCUAAACUUGGUACAGAUCCCACGCAUGUGAUCGGACUUUACCCCGACCUGCUCCCAUCAGACUACCGCAAACAGCUGCAUUACCCCAACCCUCUGCCCAGCUUGUCUGGGGCCGAGCUGGAGAAAGCUCAUCUGGCUCUCAUUGAUUACCUCACCCAGAAACGCAGCCAUCUUGUCAAACAGCUGAACGACACCRGCCCGUCCACAACGUCUCCGCUCAUGGAGGGAACGCCGACCAUCAAGAGCCGCAAAAAGCUCCUGCAGAUCAUCGACACCACGCUGCUGAAAUGUUAUCUGCACACCAACGUGGCUCUCGUCUCUCCGCUCCUUCGACUGGAGAACAACCACUGCCACAUCGAGGAGAGCGAGUACGUCCUGAAGAAGUCCCAGAAGUACAGCGAGCUCAUCAUUCUCUACGAAAAGAAGGGCUUGCAUCAGAAAGCCUUGCAGGUCCUGCUGGACCAAUCCACCAAGGCCAACUCUCCUCUGAAAGGUCACGAGCGAACCGUCCAGUACCUCCAACGACUGGGAUCAGAGAAUCUGGGGAUAAUCUUGGAGUUUUCUCCCUGGGUACUUAAAAUCUGUCCUGAGGACGGCCUGAAGAUCUUCACUGAAGAUCUGCCCGAGGUGGAGACUUUGCCCAGAGACAAAGUGCUGCAGUUCCUGAAGGAAGGCUUCGUGGAGCUGGCCGUCCCGUACUUGGAGCACAUCAUUUACGUGUGGGACGAGAAGGGCCCCGAGUUUCACAAUGUGCUUAUUCAGCUGUAUCUGAGYAGGGUCCAAGGCCUGAUGAAGCAGUACCUCAACUCACUGCCAGAAGGGGUUCCUGCCGUUCCUGCCGGCCAGGAGCAAGGUGAACUGGGAGAGUUCAGGAACAAGCUGCUGUCUUUUCUGGAUAUUUCCACCAGCUAUGAACCUGCCAGACUCAUCAGCGAUUUCCCAUUUGAUGGGCUGCUGGAGGAACGGGCUCUGCUCCUGGGUCGCAUGGGAAAACACGAGCAGGCGCUUUUCAUAUACGUUCACGUUCUGAACGACACCCGCAUGGCCGAGGAAUACUGUCACCGGCAUUAUAACAGUUCAAUGGAAGGAAAUAAAGAUGUUUAUCUGUCUCUGCUGCGGAUGUACCUGUCCCCCCCCGACGCCCACUGCCUGGGGCCCAUUAAGAUGGAGCUCACUGAGCCUCAGGCCAACCUGCAGGCAGCCCUGCAUGUCCUGGAGCUGCACCACAGCAAGCUCAACACCACCAAGGCUAUCAAUCUGCUCCCAGCAAACACUCAGAUCCGGGAGAUAAAGGUCUUCCUGGAGAGCGUCCUGGAGGAGAAGGCCCAAAUGAAACGCUGCAACCAGGUGUUGAAGAGUCUGCUGCAGGCCGAGUUCCUCAGGGUGCAGGAAGAACGAAUCUUCCACCAGCAGGUUAAAUGCGUCAUAACGGAAGAAAAAACCUGCAGAGUCUGUAAGAAGAAGAUAGGAAACAGUGCGUUUGCCAGGUAUCCCAACGGCGUGGUGGUUCACUAUUUCUGCUGCAAAGAUCGCAGCGUGUGUCCCACCGAGCAGUAAAAUCCUCUUCUCACACUGACAAAUAAACCCCCCCUGCCUCASUCCCCACCUCCCUGCUGCGGGCUUCGCCGCUCGGCCAUGUUGGAAUCAGAACUAUAUUUGAAGGACUGCAGCGUUGGUUUAUUUGUGGCCUGAGAAGAUGCCCUUCUUCCGCCACAGAGCAGAACAGGAGCAGCACUGACGUUUUUCCCCUCUCAGACUACAUGAAGAAACAGGAAGACGUCUGGAGACGCUCAAUGGGAACGGAGAGACGAAGAAGGAAAGAAAGAAAGAGACAAUCCAGAAGCAGAUGCCACUGUAACCACAUAAAGGAUUUGCUGCCUUAUAGGCACAGCAUCCUGGAAGAUUAUUGACAGCUGGGAUUGCAGACGUAAGCGUGCUAUCUCUGAUUACUACAGUUUAUUAUUAUUUUUUUGUUUGUUUUUGUUUUGCGUUCACGUUCCCUCCACUAAUAUAACUCAUCGUAGGCCUCAAACACACCUCGAUAUGCCAUACUGAGUGCUACAGUACUGUUAAAUGCCUUCUGUGACUCUGAAGAUUGUACAAUGAAAUGAGAUGUCACACAUAACGUUUUGUUGUGAAUAUAGCAGACUAUAGUGUUUUCUAUUCAA